AUGCCCGUUUCUAUCUCGCUCAAGGCGUCGCUCGCCCUCAUCGGCUCUGCUGCCGCAGUCCAAUAUCUCGCGCCGGCCCAGGUCAUCAACCAGCCGGCCAGCGCGACGGCAAAGGAGCCCCUGAAGUGGCUGGGAGCAAACAGCCCCUGGUAUGCCGGCCCCAAUGUCUUUGGCAUCUCGUCAGAUGUGCCAGAGGGCUGCACCGUCGACCAAGUCGCGUACGUUGUGCGUCAUGGCUCGCGAUACCCGGACAGGGGAGCCUACCAGGGAUGGCUUGAUUUCCACGCCAGGACCUCGGCCGGUGGCUACACCUCUACCGGCAGUUUAGCAUUCCUGCCUCGAUGGGAGACAGUUCUGUCAAACCCCAAGCUGCAGAUUGCCAUGGAGAGCCCUACUGGAUUUAAGGAGGCCUUUGAUCUGGGCUACCAAGUACGAACCAGAUAUCCUCAUCUUUAUAAUGAUGGGGAUGACUUCAUGGUGUGGGCCAACAACUACACUCGUGUCCUGCAGACCGCCCAGAUGUUUGUUCGCGGCUUCCUCGGCUGGGAGGCCGACACUGCUGGCAGCGUGAUUGCUGUUACCUCGAGAGGCUAUCCUGGUGCCCUCGGUAACUCGCUCGGCCCGUCCGACAUGUGUCCGAAUUUCCAGGACACCUCCGGCGCCGACCAGGUCGCCCAGUGGGAGAGUGUCUUUGUCCCUCCUAUCCAGAAGCGCCUUCAGGCCCUGAUCAGUGGGAACCUCACUCUGUCCCCUGGCGACAUCACCAGCAUCCCGUACCUUUGCGGAUUCGAGUCCCAAAUCACUGGCACUCUGUCUCCUUUUUGCGGAAUCUUCACCGAUGAGGAGCUCCUCAGCUAUGAAUAUGACAACGAUCUGAGGUACUACUACGGUGUGGGCCCUGGUGCCGACCUCCCCUCGAAGAUGAUGCUGCCCUUCCUGAACAGCCUGGUCGGGCUUUUCCAACAGGGGCCUAACAUCACGGGCAAGGCGCAAGACGGAUCCUCCUUCCAGGUCCCCAAGAUUCUCAUGUCCUUCUUGAACGAUGGCCAAUUGAACGAGUUCGUGGCCGGAGUCGGUGUUUUUGACAACGAGAAGCCUCUUUCUCCCACCAGCCGCAACGAUGACCGCUUGUACAUUGCCUCGCACUUCACUUCGAUGAGAGGCACUGUCACGGUCGAGAGGCUGAGCUGCAGCGGCUCCGGCUCCGGCAACGGAACCGCGCCAACCACGACCGCCAAGUGUCGGCCCCGUCCGACGGGCGCGCCUCGCAGCUCCCGCAAGGGUGGCAAGAAGUCGAGCUACAUCCGCAUCAAGCUCAACGACGCCGUCUACCCAGUCCCGUCGUGCAAGUCUGGACCCGGCUCUUCGUGCCCGCUUGAUGACUAUGUCCACUACGUGCAGAAGAAGUACGCUGCGUCGGGCGACUGGGUCAAGAACUGCAAUGUUACUCUUGCAGGUGCGCCGACCACGGUGCAGGGCGCCAGCUUCUUCACCGACCUCAGCAGCCCCUGGCUCCAGAGGAUCAAGCCUUAA